AUGUGGGCUCCACUCGCUCUAUUCGACACGUACGGUGUACUAUCGACGGCUGCAAGGUGCAAGGGUGCAAGCGCUGCAAGCAUUGCUCGCCAAGCAGUUCAAUUCAAUGCCAAUGCACAUGCAGUGCAGUGCAGUGCAGGUGUCCUCAACAACAACCUCUCAACCCCUUCACCAAAUAAAAUCCCUCACAACUCACGACAGAGCAUGCAAAUGAGCGUCAAGCCGGAACCUUCCUGCUUUCAAUAUCCGUUCCUCCGUGUUCUGGCGGCGUUUGGCUGGACUGCCCACAACGAAUCUUUUGGUGUACUUCUGACGUACAUGUUUCGUCGAUGUGAUCGAAUGGGCCGUCUUUUCAGUGGAACUUCCACCGGCGCCUACGGUCGAAGAUGGCCAGGACAAUAUACUGAGGAUACAGUAUUGGUCGCGAGUCGUAAGUUACGACUCGCAACUCCUGGUGGGCCGAGACGCAGGUAG